CAUCGCUCUCCGACAGUUCGCGAAGAGCCGUCGGGCUCGAUGGAUCGUCUCCGUAAGUGUUGAAUUUGCCCUAAAAUUUCUGCCAAUUCCCGUUUCAAAAAGCGAAUUCCGUUGCAAAGAAAAUAUCCCCUUCAACACUAAUAAUCAUCCUCCCCACUCCUGGACUCCGAAUAAAUAAUAAAUGAUCAACAUAACCUGAAAAAUCUCUGGGAAAAGUGAGAAAAUGCGAUAAAAGGCUAAUGUGUUUACCUAAUUAACAACGAUUGCACCAUUAAUCAGGCUAAUUAGUUAGUAUCGGGGGUUGAGAUAAUCCCUAUCAUUCCAAUUUAACAUCAAAGGGGGUAAUUAAUAUUCGGUAAAUGGUGGAAAACUGAGGAAUAACCUUGACCCCCUGAAAAAUCCACUUACAACCCCAAGUUUUAAUUGGAUUGCGAAGUAAUGAGCUUUGAUUAGUGGUUUUUUAAGUGUGUGGGGGUAAUUACAAGUGACUGAAGAGUGUUCAAUUUUAUUUGAGUGACAAAGUGACAGUUUGCGAUGGUUUUACGAGCUAAUAAAGGAGUUUAAGUUGAGACUUGGAAUUUGUGACAAGUCGUUUGUUACGAGAAACUCCAGGAUUAGCAUAAUUGUGAGUGGGUGGAUUGUUGGUGACACAUCUAGCAAUUGGAGAGAAGACGUUGAUGAUUGUCUAGGGGGAAAUGAUGAGACAUGAGGGGAAAUGAUAUGACACCGGACGCCAUGUCUGAGGACACGAUGAUGGACUGCGGGAGCGAGGAAGACGGUCUCGACGAGCUCGUUGACCGGACGAGUGAAAUUUCCGAUACCGUACCCAACAUUCGCGACGCUGCAGAACGUCUGCUGACACUCCUGGGUGUCGAGGAUGAUGAUUCCUCCUCAGAGGACGAGGGAGUGGAGCUCGAUCUCGAUGAUGAACUCCCCGAGAACUCAACAUUUCUUCAUCAGCUGGCAAUUUCCCUGGUUCAAGAGCUCAAAUACGGUCACAAAUCCCCUCCUUCCUAUCCACUACCUCUCAACGACCUUCAGGAACAGAUCCAGCAGAUGGAUGUGUCCGGUGAGGACCUACCCGCCCACCAGAUCCUCGAGAAUCGCCAGGAUGCCUCAACAUUUUCGCAAAAAUUUCCAAACUCAUCCCACCAAAUGGCGUCCUGCCGACCUGAUCCUCAUUAUGUGGCUUUGCGAACCAGUUGUGGGGGUUACGUAACCAACAAGAGGUGUAGGAUUGACCAGGACUCCAGGAACGAUGAUGAGAAUGGCAGUGAGUCUGCUCUGUCGACUGAUAUCCUGGAAUCAUGGACUGCAGGGUGGGAUGCUUGUACCACCGAAGCGGUGAGGUAUCUCCUGGAGGUAGAGGGACUCUCUCCACAACAUCCUAAGGUCAUCUCGUUGAAGAAUCAUCUAGAGGUGCAGAAGGAUCGUGCUUUCGCGCAAUUUUCCACGUGAAUUAAUGAUUUUUUUUGAGGUUGAGGGGGCUUUCAGGAGUCGUGACGACUCGAUCAUUGAGGAUGGGCUUUCGCUGGGAGAUCGUCCUGCAGGCCAUGAGGGUCUCAGUACAGGGAAGGAUUUGGAGACAAGGUUGAGGUCAGAGAACUCGAUGACAUAUGCCGCCAUGAUUUUUUUAGGGAUAUUUUGCCGGGGUUUAGGGAAAAAUGACAGGGAUUUUGUUUUAAGGAAUUAAGGAUUAUAAAGGAGGUCUCGGGACAUUCACAGAAGGAAUAUUUCGAGUGUAACGUUUCAUGUCUCGUAACAUGAGCGAUAUCCCAUGAGGAAAUGGCUCUAGGGGCAAUUAAUAGAAUGUUUUUUUUUGCAGAGAAUCCCGAGAUCUGCGAAAAAUGUCAAUUAUGUGUUUUCUAGGUUCGAUAUGUACUUAGAUAAUUGCAUAAUUAACACAUAGGUUACGCUCGAGUGGUGGAGAAUAAUCACUAAUCAUUCUCAGACCUCUUCGCGUACAUGAUAAACAACGUUAGGGAAAUUGUGUGCGUGUAAUUCACUGAAGGAACCCAGCAUCAAUGAUUCAAGGUCCUCGAUCAAUGUUCCUUCAUUCGUAGUAUAAUAAUUAAUCCAAAAAUCAUCGGGAAGCGAUACCUCGGGGAAGUGGCGAAAAAAAUUAACAUCAGGGCUGCUGCUGGUCUAGUUAAAUGCCAGUUAUCUGGAUUAUUAUUAGUUAUAGCGAGAAUUGUUGUUGAACAUUUUUUGUGGAAAAGUAAAUUUUCUACUCAACGUUUCUUGUGAACUUUUCACCUCAAAUCAAUCAUUAUCGAAAUAAUUCAACUCUUUCACCCCUUCCCCAUUGAGUUCAGAUGAUUUUUUUAAUCUCCCUUUCGACAUUUUCAAUUACUGUAAAUAUGUAUGAUAAUUAUGGAUGAUGGAAUUGUGUUGUUACUUUUACAUGCGCAUCUAGAUAAAUUAAUGAUCAAUCAAUGUAGAUAAAUAAACAUUUGGCGAAUAAAUUGAAUGAUAAUACACGAAAA